AUGGAGCUGGAGGAGGCGGCGCGGGAGCGGAAAGAGCGGCUGCGAGCGUUACGGGAAGCGGCGUCGAUCGUCACGACAGACGGCGAGAAUACGGCUAGCCUGCUAGCAGACGGCGACGAUGGAAAGGAGAACGAGCCUGCAGCGGAGGUUCGGUUCCGAAGCUACUUGCCUCGGGACGACCAGCUGAUGGAGAGGAAGCUUCCUCCAGCGCAGCUCCCCAAGUUCCAGGAACCUACCGCCGCCCAGCCACUAUUCUUAGACCCCAACGAGGACCCAGUAACAGCCAUUGCUCCUCGCAAGCCCAACUGGGACUUACGGCGGGAUGUGGCGAAGCGGCUAGCGAAGCUGGAGAGACGGACGCAGCGAGCGAUGAUCGAACUCAUGA